UUCGGCCGGCAAACGUGCAAGUUGUGAGUAGUGAGCGCACGAUCCACGAAGAGUUCCUAACGAGCACAGCUACCCACCCAUACACAAGCCAACGUAACUGUUCACAGAUACAUAUACACACAUAUAUAUUGUGUGUUUGCAUGUAUGCGCGCAUAUUGUUUACUACCCGCAGCAACAGCGCUAAAACAAACAACCAAGUGAAAAGAGGAAGAAGCAACGUUAAAAGAAGCUAAGUUUAGAGACAUCGAAAAAAAGAGAAAUUUGGUGCAUUUCUGCUGCGAUAGAUCGAUCUAUAUAGACGAUAUAACAUUGAACUGAAUAUUCGCUGCUUCAAUCAACAGCUGCUUGAUUACAAUGGCCAGCUCGCCCAUCGCAGAUUUCUAUGCGGGUCGCAAUGUUUUUAUUACGGGCGCCACUGGCUUUGUGGGCGUCACCAUAGUUGAGAAGCUGCUGCGAGAUGUGCCCAAUGUGGGCACGCUGUACCUGCUGAUGCGCGCCAAGAAGGGCAAGAGCGUGCAGGAGCGUCUGGAGGAGCUGAAGAAGAACUCAGUGUUUGAUCGCUUUAAAGAACUGCAGCUGGAAUCGCGCCUAUCCAAGAUUGUUCCCAUUGAGGGCGAUGUCGGCCUAGAGCACUUGGGCAUUUCAGCAAAGGAUCGCGAAACUCUUAUCGAAAACGUGAACGUGGUCUUCCACUCAGCUGCCACCCUUGACUUUUUCCAAUCCCUGAAAGAGACAACGAACAUUAACUUGCGUGGCACACGUCGCGUGGUGGAACUAUGCAAGCAGCUACGCCACUUGGACGCCCUGGUGCAUGUGUCCAGCGCAUAUGUAAAUGCAUACAUUACGGAAGUGGAAGAGAAGCUAUAUCCCUCGCCCGAUGAUCCAGAAAAGAUUAUACAGCUUGCGGAAACGCUCAACGAUGAGGCGCUUAAGGCGUUGGAGCCCAAAUUGCUCAAGGAUCAUCCUAACACUUACACGUUCACAAAGCAUCUGGCAGAACAUGAAGUGGCCAAUGUGGCCUCACAAUUCCCCUGCGGCAUUGUGCGUCCCAGCAUGAUCACAGCCGCUUGGAAGGAGCCAAUACCUGGCUGGACCAUAUCCAAGAAUGGACCUCAGGGCUUCUUCAUGGGCGCAUCCAAGGGCAUUUUGCGUCGUUUGCCACUGGAUCCCACUAUAAUUAUGGACUACAUUCCCAUCGAUGUGGUGGUAAAUGGCAUUAUAACCACGGGCUACUACGUCAAUUCACUUAAAGUGAAGAAUGCGGAUCGUCCCGCAGAGCUGCAGAUUUUCCAUCUGACAUCAAGCACAUACAAGCCAUUUCGUUUCGAGUUUUUAAAGGACAAAAUAAAUGGAUACUUGCACGAUUAUCCACUCAAUAGCGCCGUCUGGUAUCCCAAUCUGCGCCUGGUUAGGAGUUUGAUGCUGUUUCGUCUUGGCGCUAUACUAUUCCAUUUCAUACCAGGUUUCUUCCUCGACUUGGUUACCAAACUUUCCGGUGGCAGGCCCAUCUUGAUACGUCUUCAUAAGAACGUUUGGAACUCGUUGAAUACCUUGGAGCGUUUUAUAUUCACCGAAUGGCAUUUUGACAGCAAACGUCUACUGGCGCUGUCCAAAACAAUGAAUCUAGUGGAUAAGAAAAAGUUUACAAUUGACAUCGGGGAACUGACAUGGGAUGAGUACUUUGCCAACACAAUCCGAGGAGUGCGUCAGUAUCUGAGCAAGGAAUCGCCCAAGAAUCUGGAAAAAGCACGUCGUAAAGAUAAAAUCCUCCUGGGUCUGCAUGUGGCGCUCCAGCUAUUAUUCUUCUACGGCGUUUUCAAGCUGAUUAUUGGCGUGACCGGCAUUUCAGCUGCGAAGGCGGCUCUUGUCUUGCCCUUGUUUUACUAUCUCUUUGGACUGAUUUAGGGCCAUUUUACAUCUGCGAAUGUAUGUUAAAUAUAUAGUUGAACAAUUUCUCAAAUAUUAUUUAUGGUAAAUGUAAUUUGAUCAAGGUUUGGUAUUAAAGCUCUUCAUUUAUUCUAAACGCAAAUAUAAGACAAUCAAGUUGCUUAUGGCAGUUUGAAAGCAAACCAAA